ACUAAUCACCCCAUUCUCAUAAACCACCAAAACCCCAAGCUCACUCCAGUACUCCACAGCCAUGUCCACCUCCCUCCUCCCCCUCCUCCUCUCUCUCCUCUCCCUUCUCUCUCUCUCUCCUCCCUCCCACUCCCUCGCCCCCUCCUCCUCCCCCUGCACCGCCCCAGACCACUCCUCCACCCUCCAAGUCUUCCACGUCUCCAGCCCCUGCUCCCCGUUCAAGCCCCCACCCCAGCAACAACCCACCUCAUGGCAAGACUCCAUCCUCCAAAUCCAGUCCCAAGACCAGGACCGCCUCCAGUACCUCUCCAGCCUCGCCGCCACCGGCAAGAAGACGGUGGUGCCGAUAGCCUCGGGCCGCCAGAUCCUGCAGAGCGCCACGUACGUGGUCAGGGCCAAGAUCGGGACCCCGGCCCAGACGUUCCUCAUGGCCGUGGACACGAGCAACGACGCGGCCUGGGUCCCGUGCAGCGGGUGCGUCGGGUGCCCGUCGUCCACCUUGUUCUCUUCGGACAAGUCCACCAGUUAUAAGCCACUUGGUUGCAAUGAUGCCCAGUGCAAGCAGGUACCAAACCCCACUUGCACGGCCACCGCGUGCAGCUUCAACAUGACCUACGGCGGCUCCACCGUGGCAGCGGACCUCUCACAAGACACCAUAACCCUUGCCACCGACGCCGUGCCCGGCUACACCUUCGGAUGCAUCCAGAAAGCCACCGGGAAUUCGGUGCCGCCGCAGGGUCUCUUGGGCCUGGGCCGCGGUCCGCUGUCCCUGUUGUCCCAGACCCAGAGCCUCUACCAGUCCACAUUCUCCUACUGCCUGCCCAGCUUCAAAUCUGCCAACUUUUCUGGGUCACUCAGGCUUGGGCCCAAGGGCCAGCCCAUUAGGAUCAAGUACACUCAGCUUCUCAGGAACCCCAGGAGAUCGUCACUGUACUACGUGAACAUGAUCGGAGUUAGGGUCGGCCGGAAGAUCGUCGACAUCCCUCCGAGUGCGCUCGCGUUCAAUCCGACCACCGGCGCAGGGACCAUUUUCGACUCAGGCACCGUUUUCAGCAGGCUAGUCCAGCCCGUCUACACUGCGAUCCGGGACGAGUUCCGGAGGCGCGUCGCCCCCAAGAACCUGCCCGUGUCCUCGCUGGGCGGGUUCGACACGUGCUACAACGUGGCGAUCGUGCCGCCGACGAUCACACUUAUGUUCACGGGGAUGAACGUGACGCUGCCGGCGGACAACUUCCUCAUCCACAGCACGGCCGGCAGCACCACGUGCCUGGCCAUGGCCGCCUCCCCCUCCGACGGCGUCAACUCCGUGCUCAACGUCAUCGCCAACAUGCAGCAGCAGAACCACCGCGUCCUCUUCGACGUCCCGAAUUCCAGGCUCGGGGUUUCCCGCGAGACUUGCACCUGAUCUAAUCAGGUCAAUUUAGUUUAAAGUGUGUCGUUGUUGUUGUUGUCGUCGUGAUUUUAAUUUGUGAUGUGGUGAAUUGUCGUUUUACCGGUGAAGAAUUAGUUAAAAGUGUCUUUGUAGUUUUGUGAACGAGUGCUAUGUCACGAGGUAGCAAUCUCUUGCAUUUUCUUCUGCAA